UCCUCCUCUCCACGCUUCAGACCUGCAGCCGCUCCAGCGGGACACUUUUCUAAGACACAGCCGCCUAUUGAAAUAAUCCUCCACGCUGCUCCACUUUUCAUAAAGUCGUGGGUUUCCGUUGCUUCACCUUUGAACCGAUUAUCCGUGACUGUUGGUGGGAUUAACAGCGGGAACAGAGGAGGGAUGGAGCGGUCCCGUUAAAGUUGAAAGCUCAUCAGUGGCAGAGUCUGUCUGUCGGCAGCAGGCGGGCAGAGAGAGCGGCUCCUCCGGUGCUCCCACCGCGCUGAGCGAGCGACUGUCCCCGCCUCGGAGGCCAUGGGCUGCGGCUUGAGGAAACUGGAAGACCCGGAGGACAGCAGCCCCGGGAAGAUUUACUCCACCUUGAAGAGACCACAAGUGGAGACCAAAACGGAUACUGUGUACGAGUACGUGCUGCUCGACUUUAGUUUGGAAGGCAGCCGUCCGACAGUCCAGUAUGUGGCUUCCCUCUCCGAGCUGCCUCAGGCCCUGCAACCCUACUACACGCAAGGCUACGUCCUGGCUGCCCUGCACCCCAUCAUCCUGUCUGUGGGUCGGACACGCUCGCUGCCCUUCAGCCUGCUCUACCGUGCCAUCCUGGCCCGUCCCAGACCCAGUAAGCAGACGGCGUCCAUGUGUCACAGCGUGCCAGUGUUGAGGGUGGAGGAGUGGCCGUUACCUGGAGACUCACUGACGGGUGACACUGUCAGAGCGCUCAUCGACAGGGUGAACAGCAGUGCCCGAGGGGGUGUUCGAUUCGUCGGCUCGGUCCUCCAGCAGGUGAGCGGGAUCACGAAUGGCAGGGUGCAUAGUCCAAAGAGGGGCUGUCGCUCCCCUCCACGUACCCCUCCUCGAACCCCACCUGGAGACAGAGAGCUGGAGGAGAACACUUACAGUCCUGACUUGAGGUUGUUGGUCUUCUUCCACUCCUGGGCUCCAGGCUGUGCUCCUCUGGACUCGCUGGCCUGUCAGUACCACCAGGGGGCGCUGUCCAUGCGCGUCUCCAGGAAGGGUCAGGUUGUCAGCGCUCUGGAGGCCGACUGGCUGGAGCUGACUGCCGCCUACUACCGCAAAGGCUGGUCGCUUGUGGAUUCCUUCGUCUACUGGGACACACCUAAAGGCGAACCGGUACCCAGAUCACUGGAGGGGUUGUUUGUGUAUGAAGAGAGAAGCACCUCUCCUCCCGCCAACGACACCAUCGUCGUAGAGCAGUGGACGGUUAUCGAGGGGACCAAUGUGAAAACAGACUAUGGCCCCCUCCUUCACACUCUGGCUGAGUUUGGUUGGCUGCUCACGUGUGUGCUGCCCACACCCAUCAUCCGACAUGACAGUGACGGGAACCUGGCCACAAAGCAGGUUGUGUUUCUUCAGAGGCCAGUCAGAGGUCAAACAGCAGGGCAACUGAGGAACCAGGCUCUGUCUGUGCACAGCGACGUGUCCAGUCGCUCUGUGAGCCGUGCCGUCAGCAGCCCCGUCCCUCCAGAGGAGCUCUCUCCCACUGCAGGAGGCAUCGGGGGCUUCCCGGUGUUCGGAGGCGGGUAUCCCAGCGCCAUGUCCCACCUGGAGGAAGGUGGCUUUGAACAGGAGGAGGGGAAGGCUGAGGUCACAUGCAUGUGAGUGGGGCAACAGUCGGAUGUAACCUUUCCCCAUGAGUUAAGUGUUGGAAUACUGAAGAUGAAACCCAAGGAGAAAGACAUGAACUCUCAAAGUCCACAGACUCUGCAUUGAUAGUCGUGUUUCUUUUUAACAAGGACUUUAACGUAGAAGAACUCUGCACUUUUUAAAACGUUUUUACUGAAGCCAUAAUGAGGUAUUAUUUAGAAGUGGAUCAAUGUCCAAACUUUUAUUUGUUGGGGAGAGACCAUGGGAGACACUUAACAUAUAUUUAAAUCCAUUCUCUAAUCAGUUCAGGUGCCCAUGGGGAAUCAUUACAGUAUAAAGCACAAACACCUGCACAGAUUUCUGCACAUUAUGGAAACGCCACUGGUGGUAAAAUGAGGGAAAUUGGCUCUUCUUUAUGUUUUUUUACCUCAAUCACCAAUCUUAGUUUUAAAAAACUCCUUCACAUCUUAACACAGUUGUUUUCCCCCUCAUUUGUCCUUGAGGCUUUUUUGACACUUCAAGGGGUUUUUAACACGUUUUCAUCAUCUCACCCUCUCGUGUGUGAAGGUGACACAGGUCAGACCUGGAUCCUCACUUUCCUUGUAAGACUGAGGCAGGAUGUGAAUAUUUAUCUGUGCGGACGGUCACAGUUUUCCUGUGCACACCGGUACUGACGAUACACAGGCGGACAUCUGAUAAGAGUACGGCCUCAGUGAAGGUGCUGGGAUUUUAGAGGUUUGUGAAGUAGCAGCAAAGUGCCGAGUUAUUGGAGACACAUAAUAAUUUGCAACAUUUCAUGUCAAUCAAAGGAUCCUUAACACACCAUCAUAAUGUUUAGUCUGACUAGUGCCAUUUCAUAAUCAUUCUGGAAAUGGUUAUUGCUCAUCAUACAUAGGUUUGAAAGUAUUUAAUAUCUGGUCAGCAGUGGGUAUUGGUGUACGUGUUAUUUUCCUCUGCUUAACCUGCAAAUCGCUGCUUAUUGCUUUACAGCAUAUUAUGGUACUGACUAGCCCUGUUCUGAAGGUCCAGUAGGAAGGUUCAUAAAAAAUGUAUUUCCAAAUAAUCUCCUAAGAAGUUUCCUGGAAAUAACCAUGUAAUGUAGUACCAAUUAAAGGUAAAAUAGAGUGAUCAGUUGGUAUACUUCCAGUUAUUUCUAAAGCUGUUUCUAAACUAGUGCAAUGAUGAGAAUUUUCUUCAGAGUGUGUCCUCAGACAAACACAACUCAUUCAGAAGAAUAAAGUUUCUAAUAAUAAAUAAAGGAGUAAUAAAUGCUUAAUGGGGUUUAAAUGGAGCAGCUUUUUUAUUGGAAAUUUCAACUCACUAAACUAACAGUCUCUGAAAUUCAUCUCUAUUUUCUUUAAACCAAAUUACACGGUUCUUUCCAGGAAAAUCCAAAGAAAUGAUUUGGAAAUAAUGGACCUGUAAAAAAUGUUUUAAACUGUCCAUCAUGAGUCCAUGCAAAUGCUAAGACAGUGGAGUAAAUGCUAUGAAAGGGAAACAGUGCUGUUGUAAAUAUCUUAGAUGUUAGCUUUCAUAACUGCAAAUCUGAUUGUGAUGCAUGUUAUUUUGUUGUUGAGGUGAGGAAAGGGAUCAAAUGUAGAGCUGCAACUAAUGAUUCUUUUCAUUUCUGAUUAAUCUGCAGAUUAUUUUUUGAUGAAUAAUUUUGUCCAUGAAAGUAGACAUCUUAGAAUGUCUUAUUUUCAUCUGAAUUCCAAAAGAUGUUAACUUUACUGUUGUGACCAAAAAAGCCAUCAAUUUCUCAUAUUUGAGAAGCUAGAAAACAGCAAAAAUUUGGCUUUUUUUCCCCUUAAUUAAAAAAUAUAUUUGAUAAUCGGAAUAAUUGCCUAUUUAUUUUCUGUUGUAACCAUUGCAGCUCCAAUCAAAUGCACCAUAAGAAUAGUUUAGGUGUUCAGUUGUACAGUGCCCAGGUUUGAGUCACGUGUUUUAAAUGGAUGUAUUUAGCUCCACAUCCCCAUCAGGAUUGACUAAAUGUCAGUAUUAAUAGUCCAGCCUUUCCUUUUGGGAGAGUUGUACAUUUUGCUUUCUUUAUUGUUGUUGUUUUUUUUUUUUUAUUGUAUUAAACACUUACUUCCCAUGG